AUGUAUGUCCUUCCUGUCUCGAUAGUAUUCAUCUCAGUGGCCACCAUAGUGGUGGCCCUGAGGCUUUUCACGCGCAUUCAUCUGCUUAAUUCUCCGGGCUGGGACGAUUGGUGUCUUCUGGUUGCCAUGAUAACGGACUAUGCAUUCUUCGGCGUUUUGAUAGCUGAGCAUGAAUAUGGCCUAGGGACGCCGGAGACGAUGCUUCCAGCUGACACAUAUCGGAAUCAACUCAAGAUGUUAUGGGUCUCUGUUCCCUUACACAACCUGACACUCCAGCUCACGAAGAUUUCGAUGAUCAUUCUAUACAUGCGCCUUUUCCCGACCAAAAUCUACCGCAUGAUAUUGAUAACCGUACUGGUAGUGUUCAUCGGUGCUACGAUAUACAUGGUCAUUGGCACCUUUCUCGUAUGCGUCCCGGUCCAUGUGUUUUGGGACACGGAAAACGACGAUAGAUGCAGCCAGCGCGCGGCAGUGUGGUUUGUUAAUGCUGGCCUACAAAUUACGAGCGAUUUUAUCAUCGUCAUCCUACCUAUGCCCUUGCUUGUCAGGUUGCGGAUCCCUUUCAGACAGAAGAUCUGCCUGAUGAUGAUCUUUGCCCUUGGUUUAUUUGUGUGUGCUACGAGCAUAGCUCGUUUAUAUUCUCUGGUCAGUCUUGUAAAAACUGGGGGAAGAGAUUACAGCCGCCAUAAUGGCCUCGUUGCAAUAUGGUCAUUCGUUGAAGCCAAUGUCGCCCUCGUCUGCGCCAGUCUGCCGACAUUCAGACAACUCAUCCUACACGUCUUCCCCCGCCUCCUGCCCUCAAGUGCUCGCAAAAAUUACAGCCGCCGUUCGGAGAAAGGGUUACAAGACCCAGGGUGGACUUGGGGUCCAUUCACAGGCCCGUCCAAUUACUCUGCGGAUGUUUCUGUAAGUGCGGACCAGGACUCAGCUUCGCACUGUGAGGAUGGCAUCCAGGUUGUGAGAGAGUUACGGUGGGAGACGGGUUCGGUUGCUAGUGGGAGCGAGAAUGCAGAGCGGGAGAAUAAGGCUGAACGAGGAGAGCCUGUUCGUAUUCCGACUCCCACUAUCCAAUUUGAAUAG